AUGUACCAGAGGACACAGGUACCAGAGGACACAGGUACCAGAGGACACAGGUACCAGAGGACACAGGUACCAGAGGACACAGGUACCAGAGAACACAGGUACCAGAGAACACAGGUACCAGAGGACACAGGUACCAGAGGACACAGGUACCAGAGGACACAGGUACCAGAGGACACAGGUACCAGAGGACACAUGUACCAGAGGACACAUGUACCAGAGGACACAGGUACCAGAGGACACAGGUACCAGAGGACACAGGUACCAGAGGACACAGGUACCAGAGGACACAUGUACCAGAGGACACAGGUACCAGAGGACACAGGUACCAGAGGACACCUGUACCAGAGGACACAGGUACCAGAGGACACAUGUACCAGAGGACACAGGUGCCAGAGGACACAGGUGCCAGAGGACACAGGUACCAGAGGACACAUGUACCAGAGGACACAUGUACCAGAGGACACAUGUACCAGAGGACACAGGUACCAGAGGACACAGGUACCAGAGGACAUAAGCACCAGAGGACACAUGUACCAGAGGACACAGGUACCAGAGGACACAGGUACCAGAGGACACAGGUACCAGAGGACACAUGUACCAGAGGACACAGGUACCAGAGGACACAGGUACCAGAGGACACAUGUACCAGAGGACACAUGUACCAGAGGACACAGGUGCCAGAGGACACAGGUACCAGAGGACACAUGUACCAGAGGACACAUGUACCAGAGGACACAUGUACCAGAGGACACAGGUACCAGAGGACACAGGUACCAGAGGACACAGGUACCAGAGGACAUAAGCACCAGAGGACACAGGUACCAGAGGACACAUGUACCAGAGGACACAGGUACCAGAGGACACAGGUACCAGAGGACACCUGUACCAGAGGACACAGGUACCAGAGGACACAUGUACCAGAGGACACAGGUGCCAGAGGACACAGGUGCCAGAGGACACAGGUACCAGAGGACACAUGUACCAGAGGACACAUGUACCAGAGGACACAUGUACCAGAGGACACAGGUACCAGAGGACACAGGUACCAGAGGACACAGGUACCAGAGGACAUAA